CGAGGGUUGAGGGCUGCCACCAAUAAAUCUCACUCAUUCAGUAGAUUUUUUGGGUAAUACAGUUUCCGAUAACGUUACUGAAUAUGUUGGAUUAAACGUUACUCUAUGAUUUGCGAUGUCUGCCACAGAGGAAAGUAGACCAAUUCUUCCUCCGAUAUUUGAAGAUGACGACGGCUACUUAGUUGGACCAUUACGCGGAUCUAAACCAAAAGCAUGGGUACUUGGAACAGUUUUAACUUUCUUCUUCAUAUCUCAUGGUAUUGCCAUUCCUACUGAAUAUUAUUACGCUGAAUAUUACUUGAAGAAAAAGUAUGGACCACCCGAGCACACAGAUACUUCUGUCAAAUAUUAUACAUCUGAUGGAUACAAUGGUUAUUACAACUUACAAUCGAACCUUGAUCAAAAUACCACUGAUUUAAUGAAUAAAGCUAUGACAACGUUUUUGGUGUAUAAUAAGGUUUGUGACGGGCUUGGAAUCAUCCCCGCCUUGUUGAUUGGGCCUGUGAUCGAUAGUGUGGGCAGACGGAUUGGAUUGAUCUUACCAACUGUUGGAAUUCUCAUCAAGGCUAUUCUAUUUUAUUUAUUUAUCUUUUUUGAUCUGAAUAUGUAUUUCAUAUUAAUUGGAUGUUUAGUUGAAACUGUCAGUGGUGGCUGGGUAGUCAUGGUUUUAUCGUGCCUGGGAAUUUUUGCUGAUUCAACACCACCAGGAGAAGAACGAUCAUUCAAGUUUACCGUGGUUGAAGGUAUUCAGGUUAUUGGUAUCUCAGCCUCUAUUAUACUAACCACCUAUUGGAUUGACCAGUUUGAAGAGGAUAUGUCAAGUCCAAUGAUUAUUGCGAUGUUGUUUGCUGUAUUACCGUUGAUCAUAGUAUUGUCACUAGUUCCUGAAACACUUGAUCAUACAGUAUCCUUUACCUGUUCUCUUCAGACUUUAACAAGAUGUGCCAAGAUAUACAAGAACACGGAUCAUUACCCGAAAAGAAAAUGGAUUAUGUUUGCGCUACUAGUGUGUAUCAUCUUAGAAUCGUCUGUUGGUUUCACCAAAAGCAACAUACAACAACUAGUGCUAAGAUAUGAUCCGCAUUUCAAAUGGUCGAGGACAAAAAUAAGUUUCUAUGUUUCGUUAUCUCUAAUAAUUUGUUGGGUUGUCGUUCUUAUCACAACAAAGUUGCUUCAGAGAUUCCUGAAAUUGGAGGAUCUAUCAUUUGCAAUAUUAGGUGGCAUUUCAUUACUGACGUCUUUACUGAUGUUCUCCAUUGCAGCGGCUGAUGCCAUGGCAUAUGGAGCUGUUGCUGCCGGAACGUUGGCUUAUAUGAUACCACCGAUGAUCAAAUCAUUUGCUUCUAAACAUGUCCUACUCAGAGAGCAAGGUUCUUUAUUUGCUGGGUUUGCAGCCUUUAAGAUUGGUAUUAGUUCUAUAAUGGGUGGUGUCAUUGAAUAUAUCUACAGGGAAACUGCCUCUAUUUAUAGAGGAUUUCCUUCACAAAUCAUGGCAUUGUUCACAUUGAUAGUCAUUAUUCUACUCAUUAUCUUGAAAGUAAAAACUAGAUCUGAAGUACGAUAUGGAUAUCAAAGACUACCAGAAGAUCAGAAUCCAUUUGAAAGAGAACAAUCAUAAGAAAAUCUAUGUCCUGGUUAAUUUAUCUCAUAGCUUUUGCAUUUAUAUAUACUUUUAUAUCAUUAUAGUAAAUCUCAAAUAAAUUUAUACAGUUUUUCUUAAAUACAGAUAUAAAUAAAUAAAGCAAAUUUAAUUCAA